GAGAUUUCUUCCUUUCUUGAUCGGGACCAGAGUUCCUUCAAACGAACCAGCCUGGCAAGUCCUCUGUGAAUUAAAGGACAUUGUAGAACUGGUUGUUGCACCUUUUCACACGGAGGACUCUAUUUGUUAUCUUGACUUCAAGAUAUCUGAACACAGGACAGUAUUCCAAGAAGUUUUCCCUGAUCAAAGAAUUCGGCCCAAACAUCAUUACUUGGAGCAUUAUCCAGGGUUAAUACGCCAGUUCGGACCCCUUGUUGCACUAUGGACUAUGAGAUUUGAAGCAAAACAUAGCUUCUUUAAAAGAGUAAUUCGUCAUACAAACUGUUACAAAAAUGUACUGUAUUCAUUAGCUCAAAGGCACCAAUUUCAGACUGCAUAUAAUCUGCACAUGUGUAGAUUUUUUAAGCCCUCUUUGGAGGUUUCUGAUGUUUCAACACUUCCCCUUGAUGUUAUUAAUGAGGACAUUGCAUUGGCAGUAAAGCAAAGACAUCAACACAUGGACACUGUGAACCUUGCAAGAAGUGCAACCUAUGACGGCUUCAACUACAAGAUUGGAAUGGUGGUAGCCCAUGGGUCGCUGGCUGGACUUCCAGAGUUCUGGGAAAUAGUUCAUAUGAUUGUUCUACAGGAGAGACUCAUUUUCAUUGUCAAAAAAUGGGAUGCCUGGUACCUGGAACAUUACAGAGCUUAUGACUUAGUCAUAUCUACUGCUAGGGAACUAAGUCUUGUUGGGGUGCAUGAACUGACAGAUCCCUACCCUCUGGCUCACUACAUGGUUGAUGGACGGCGCCUCAUCUCUCUGAAGAGAUACAUACAUGCAUAAGGUUGAAUAUGAAUGAGUGUAGGAUUGGAAAUGUUUGAGAAUUCCUUGUUUUGCUUUAUUUUGCUGUCCUCUCAUAAUGUUAAAAAGACAAUGCUUUAAGGCCAUAGCAGUUUGACUUUUGACAGAAAUGUAUGGGAAUUUCAGAAAGUGUAAAUCUUCUCUUUAUCACUAUAAUAGUGAUUAGUGGGAUUGUUAAUCAUAAAAUUGGUGAGUAGUAAUAAGAUGAAAGUUAUGGACCAUACAACUAAUACUAAUGUUUUUUGUUUUUUUUUCUUCCUGUUUUUACUAGAUUCUUUUCAAUGGGCUGACAUGGCAGUGAAAAGGCCAGCCAAGUUGCGGGUUGUUUUGAAUCCUGAUGACACCAGGAAGCUAAUUCUGCCUGAUGGAAUUCCAGAGACAAUGGAGCAGCUUAUGGAUGAAGUCCGGAAAGUGUGUGGGUUUAAUGGUAAUUUCAGACUGCAGUACCAAGACAGAGACUUUGGAGAUGCGCUAGUGAACUUGACAUCUACUGUUGAACUUGAGGACUUGGCAACUGUCAAGGUCAUCCCAAUAAUUGAUGAUUGCAGCCAAGGACUUAAUCUUACUGUCUGUGAUGAUUUGUCAACUCAAUCAGAUGACACAGAGCUCCUUUCCACACCCUCCAGCUCUGUCUCUACAAGAACUCAGAUGUGGCCAAGAGAGUUUCCGAUACCAACGUUCUCCUAUGACACUGAACUGCAGUUAGAGAAGGGGAAUGUGGUGUAUAGGUCAAACAUGACAAGGUUGACACCUAGUUCAAAAACAAAAUCUGAUAUUCUGGAAAAGGUAGCUGAGGAGAUAUUCAAGUACAAGGCCUACCCAACAGAUUCUGACUUCAGUGAUGUUGCCGAAGCACUUAUCAAGAAGCAUCCAUGUCUCUCUGAACCUGGUUCAUACAACGGUUGUUACGGGUGGAAGCAGCGGUUGAAGACCAAAAUGGGCAACUACCGAACUCAGUUGAAGGGCAUUGGGUGUUCUGAAUUACUUGCAAAUUCACUUAAGUCCAAAGCUCCAGAGGAUGCAUUGCCAGCAAAAAAAGUAAAGAGACCUAAGAGAGGAGAGGCCAACCACAUACCUGACAUUCCAACUGGAGAGACCCCAGACAAGUUGGAAAAGGAGAGACUGUUACUUCUAAGUGAGGUGAUGAAACGAAACAACCGUGCACUGAUAAAGGACAAAAUGGCCAAGACGUUUUCACUGCGGAGGCAUGAAAUUGUGGAGAAGGAAUUAGGAGUGGAGGAGUUAAAAGUCAGAUGGCCCGCAUUGUUCUCAAUGGAUGAGAUCAAUGCUGAAUUCAUGAGGAUUACAACUGUUCCUCUUCAACCGCGGUUCCUGGCUUCCUUGGACAAGCACCACAGCAAGCUGAUUGAUAUCAUCAGAAACAAGGGAGGAACUGUCAGAGAGAAGACCCGGAACAUACUGAGAGUUUUGGAUCAGAGUCUUGAGGUAAAUCUAAAGAGGGAGUGCCUGCUGAAGUCUCUUAUUGUGUACCUUGGGGAGGAUGUGGACAAACUUAUCAAGGAAUAUCUGGUUGUUCAGAAGGACCAAGGUGAAACAGAGCUCGAGAGGUGUACAAUGGCAGUGUUUGUUAUAAGGGAGGAGGAGGAUCCUCUCCAGCCACCACAGGACGUUGGGGUUGUAAUAGAAGGUGUGGAAGUCCUUAACAAGCUGCCAUCAGUUACACAUGCAUGUGCCAUGUUAUUUGGCCUCAUCUACGCUCUAAACUUGAGCUAUCCAGGUGAGCUCAAAUACACUUUUGAUGCGCUGCAGAAAAUCUUCAUGGAGAUUGAACCAAAGACAAUGAGACGCAGAGUGUGCAGUCUGAGUGUCAAGCUCUAAAUAAUGGAUUAUUCGAAGAAACAUUUGGAUGCAGCAUGUUUUUGUUCUGUGUUCUAGCUUGUAUUCAAACACCUAGCAAGAGAAUGAAAGGGGUCAUUGUUAAAUGUAAAUAAGAGACACAUACUUCAAUUGAACAGCCUUACUUUAAGAAUUUCUUUUUACAGAAUUCUAAUUUUUUUGUGGAAACCCAUGUCUGGUAACACUGUCAGAGUGUGGUUAGGGUUAAGUGGUUAAGUUGAACAAAUUGAGAGAUAAAAAAUUUGUUCUGUAAACGGUGAAUGAAAAAGUAGACUUGCAUGGAAAACAUCACUGUGUGGUGAGUGUUAAUUUCUAAAAUGUCUUCUGGUACAAAAGACAAAAUGAUUGCAAUCUGUUUUCAAGUGUCAGAAGCCUUGUUGGGUUUUAGAGAAUAGUAAAAGCUAAUGUGGACAGUGGUAAUAUGCAGCUAUUAUAAGAACAUGACUGCUGCUGUUCAUAGUUUGCACCCCCAGCAUGUGAACUGUAUUUUCUCUUUUUUUUGGUCUCUUGUUACAUUUGUAAUAGUUCAAAAUGAUGUGACAUUCAAACAUUAUAGUCCUUUUUAUAGAUGGAUUGCCACGUUUUAGCACGGUUAGAAAGUAUUUUUACUAGGGUUGGGCAUCAUUUGGAUUUUAACGAUUCUGAUUCAGAUUCUUCCUUUCGAUUCUGGUUCUUAUCGAUUCUCAAUUCCGAUUCUUUAAGGGUGGAGU